UUAAUCGGAUUUGUACCCGACCCACGAAGCUACCCGCCCAUUCACCCAACGCGGAUCUGUAUAAAAAAGGUGAGAUAUCAUAGAGAAUUAGGGUUUCUCUGCUUGUUUCAUUCCAUACCAUAGCUCACACCUCCUUCGAUCUCUGUAAAAAUGACUAAGAGAACAAAGAAGGCUGGCAUCGUUGGCAAAUACGGUACCCGUUAUGGUGCUAGUUUGCGUAAGCAGAUUAAAAAGAUGGAAGUCAGUCAGCACAGUAAAUUUUUCUGUGAAUUUUGUGGAAAGUAUGCUGUGAAGAGAAAGGCUGUAGGAAUAUGGGGAUGCAAGGAUUGCGGUAAAGUGAAAGCAGGCGGAGCUUACACUUUGAACACUGCAAGUGCUGUGACUGUUCGGAGCACCAUCAGGAGGCUGAGGGAACAAACUGAAAGUUAAGCUACAAGCUCUUGAUACUAGCUUCUUCUUUAAAUUAAGUUUAGCUGAUUUUUGCUGAGAACUACAUUGAUUGUACUCAAGUUAAACUUCUAUUUUGAGUUCUAUCUGAGAUGAUUUUAAUAUUAAUAGUUUGCUACUCUUCAUGUUAGAGCAAGUACCUUUGUUGUUUCCUUUCAUUAUCUGCAAACACCUAAUAGAUUCUUUCGAUGCUUGUCAAUCUAAAGAUUAGUUGCCUAGUGUUUA